ACUGCCACUGCUGCCCUCCUCCUGGACUUUCUGUCUCGUCGUAGAUUGUGAAGAAAAGAAACCGCCAGCAUGUCUGAGAAAAAGAUGACUUCGAGCCGCAGGCAUCAUCUGAAGAGUUUGAUGCUGCAGAUCGCGGCGAACUGGAUUGAAAAGGAGAAAAAGGAAAUCGCAGAUUCUAAGCAGACCUACUUGGCAGAAAACUGCGCCGCUCCUGACCUGUUUGGAGACCAGGCUGCUCUCAUGGAAACCUGCAAAAAGUUGCACGCCCUCAUCGAUAAAAUUGAUGAAGAGAGGUACGACCUGGAGAUCAAAGUGGGCAAGGCCGAUAAAGAGAUCGAUGACCUGAAAAUCAAAGUGGUUGACCUGGCCGGAGUGAAGAAGCCCGCUCUGAAGAAAGUGCGCAUGUCCGCCGACGCCAUGCUGAAGGCUCUGCUGGGCUCCAAACACACGGUCAACCUGGACCUCAGGGCCAACCUGAAGCAGGUCAAGAAGGAGGUGAAGGAGGAGCCUGCGGAGGCGGUGGGCGACUGGCGCAAGAACAUUGAGGACAAGGCUGACAGGAAGAAGAUGUUCGAGAGUGCCUCGUGUCCAGCUGUCAGGCUGACCUGUCCCAAGGAGGACUGCCGACCUCUCGGACUGACUCAGAUUUACGAGGUGAGCGGUCAAAGGAUGACGGCAUUUCAGGAGCUGAUUGGCCUGGUCAGUCUCAGGGUUCCUCAUGGCCAUAAAAGAAGGAGAGCCAAACCCCGUCCAAGCCCAUAUAUACCCCAUCGAGUUGACUUUGUAGUCAGUGACUCCCUCGCCGUGCCCCAGUCCUGCAGCCUGCCUCAUCAUCACUCUGUAGCUGCAGUUGUCUCAGAUCUCAGAGUUGGAAACCAUCAGGAAGCCGACAUGUCUGAGGGAAAGAGGAUGACAUCAAGCCGCAGGCAUCACCUCAAGAGUUUAAUGCUGCAGAUCGCUGCUAACCUGCUGGAGCAGGAAGCUGAUGACAUCAUAGCCGCCAAAGAAGCUUACAUUGCAGAGAAAUGUGCCGCCCUCAACCUGAGCGGAGACCAGGCCGCUCUGAUGGAGGUCUGCAAAAAGCUGCAUCAGGCCAUUGAUAAGAUUGAUGAGGAGAGGUACGACACCCAGGUCAAGGUGGAAAAGACCGACAAAGAGAUCAACGAGCUGAAGAUGAAGGUCAUCGAGCUGGCCGGCGUGAAGAAGCCCGCUCUGAAGAAAGUGCGCAUGUCUGCCGACGCCAUGCUGAAGGCUCUGCUGGGCUCCAAACACACCGUCAACAUGGACCUCAGGGCCAACCUGAAGCAGGUCAAGAAGGAGGUGAAGGAGGAGCCUGCGGAGGCGGUGGGCGACUGGCGCAAGAACAUUGAGGACAAGGCUGACAGGAAGAAGAUGUUCGAGAGUUCUUAAAGACUUUCUCACCAACUUUCUGUUUCCAUCACUGUGGGAUGUUACACCUCUUAUUCACUGUUACC